AUGGACAACACAGACUCAGUACGGCCUGCAUCAGGCAACGUGAGCAGCGGUACCAGCAGCUCAAUGCCGACCGCUGGCGCGACGCCUAUGUCAAGAACCAAUUCUCAGUCGAGCACGCAUCGCCCGAGCUCCAUCUACGGCCAUGUCAACCGCCAUAACUUCGUGGAGAAUCAGAGGCACCCUCCUCCCUCUCCCCGAGCUUCCCGCCACCCGUCGUUUACACAGCAAAUGCUCCAAGAGCUUAUCAGCCAUCCGCAUGCCAACCGAAAUCCCAAUCCCCGCUAUGCUGGCCGCGAUUGGCGUGAUAUUGCCCUUGAAGAGCUCGCUGUUCCAGAAGAAGUAAGGUGGGCAAGGCUGGAUGACAGCGUUGAGAAUGCCACUAAGAUUCUCCUUAAAAGCCCCAAUAAUGUUGUCCUUGUACGCGACGGGCCUGCGCCUGAAAAGGCCCCAUCUGUUGUCUCCGUAACAGAGGAGCUGUCGUCCGAGAACCCUCCAACUGAGGAGUCCGAGGCUGGCAAAUCCAUGUUGAAAGUCGCUGUCUCUACCACAUUUGAUUACAGUGAUCUGAACGCCUACCUGCUUGUUGUUAUUGGCCUAGCAAAGCCUGGACCAAAUCAGGUUGCUCUCUAUGACACAAUUUCCAAGAGAGCCCGAGCCCAGGAAAAGGUCACAUUGCGUGAGAUCCAGCCGAUUUGCCAGAAGGAGGAAUUGGUGGUACUUCGUGCUAAGGAUACUCUUGACAAAGCCAUCGAAGCAUUCGGCAGCGGCAUUCACCGGAUCCUGAUUGCCAAUGACACCGGUGAAGUCGUUGGUCUUCUCAGCCAACUACGCCUUGCCGAGUUCUUCUGGCACGAGGCUGUCAACUUCCCUGUUAUUGAUCGCCUGUUUGGCAGCAUGCUCCGAGACCUGGGAAUCGGUGCUCAGCAGGUCAUUGCCGUCAACUUCGACGCGCCCUUGACUGAUGCCCUCCUCCUGAUGCACACCGAAUGCCUGACUUCUGUCCCUGUUGUUGAUCAUACCCGGACUGUGGUUGGCAACAUUUCCACUGCAGACGUCAAGCACCUCGCGAGCGCCAACAACGCCUGGCUACUCAAAAACUCGUGCAUGACCUUCAUCAGCAAGAUCCUCACAGAGCGUGGAGUUGAGCAUGGUCGUGAUUCCGUGCCCGUUUUCCACGUCACGCCCUACUCAACCCUUGGCCACACAGUUGCGAAGCUUGUCGCUACCCGCUCUCACCGUAUGUGGGUUAUUGAGUCAGCCUCACCUUCUCCCAGUAUGCCGACCACCCCGCUGCUUGGGCCAACUCACUCUGUGUCCUCCUCUGUUUUAUCAUCCAGUCCUGCCGGUACUGUCGUCAUUCCUCCGCCUACUCCUCCGCCUCUGUCAAGCCCGCCUUCUGCGCCUCUGUCAGCCCCUCUGUCCUCAUCACCGCUCCCUACCCAGACCACGUUUAAUCCCGCUGUCGUUUCCGGCUCUCGCAUGGAUUGCGCCCUGCCGACCCAGCUGAGCAGCGCUCCCGGAGGCGGAGGAGCUCCAGCGCUUCAGUAA